UUAGCAAAUGAAUUUUUUAUCGAUACAGUUUAGAGAGAAAAAUAAUUAAGUGAAGAUAUUUAAUUCUAUUCCACCGAUCGAUAUAAAUUUUUUUAAUAUUAAAAAUAUUAAUACUUAGCAAGGCAGUUAGUUAUGUGUGCCAGCGCGCGGCCGCGCCAGAACGAGACAGCGAGCGGCUAUUUAGCUCUCCGUGCCAGUUGGUGAAGACAGUCUGCGGACGGACGUCGCGAGUCGGUCGCGUGGACCACGGAAAACGCGCGUGCGAGUAGCAGCCAUGAGCCUGUCAAUUACGGUACUUCUGCUGAUGGCAAUCACUUUGGGUCAAGGCUUUACCGGGACACCACGAACGUACAACCUGCAAACGGAGGAAGACCGCUAUGGCAAGUAUGAGCGGGUGCUCAUUGGACUUAAAACAUCCGAGGGUCUCACCGUGGAUAGUAAAGUUCUGGACAAGGUCCGGGAAGUGCUGUUCGAGGAGGAAGCCGCUCUCCCCAUGACCAAAGGAGAAAAGCUGGUCGCGGUUCAUCUGGAUCGACCGAAACAGUCUCGGGAAAUAGCGCAAUUGCAAUAUAAAAAUAGAUUAGGUUAG